UUGGAUAUAAACUUUUGAAUAAUGGUACAUGAUUGGCUAUACUGGAAGAAAUGCUCGGCCCCGAAAGGUCAUGAUGCCAGGAUGGCCUUGUCGUCCGAGCUGGCUUCGACUGGUGGAGAGGGAGGACUCACGCCGAAUCCCCGCUACAACGAUCGCGAUCCAUCGCUCUCGGACAGCAAUGAACUGCUCCAUGCAAGUUAAACAUGCACGUACGUAGACUGCUGUUGGCAUGAGGCGCCACGACACGGCAAAUAGCCAACGCCGAUGCAUUGGUGCGCCAAACAGGAGCCCCAAAUCAAUUGAACACCCAGGUAGCUUCAAUUCUUGCACGCCACCUCUGGUCAGCCAUGGCACCCAGCCGGAGGAGUACACCUUCACAACAAGGCUUGAUGUCGUUGUAGUGGAACCUCAAGCUUGUAGGAAGCACAAGUCCAUAGGCUAGUCGCGUGCCAUCUAGCGCCACACACGUGCCAAAUCGAAUGAGCAGGAAAACGACCUGCAUGGACGUGCCAGAUAUAACGGAAUCAUGAAACGGACUGAUUUACGAUGUUGAGACGGCGGCCGUCGGUUCCUGAAAACGACGUUGCUGCCGACGACGACGAUGACAUUGCGUCCGCAUCGGACAAACCCACGGCAAAGUUUGUCCACCGCAAGUCGUCCAUGGGGCGCAGUAUGUCGACGUCGAUGCUCGGUUUGAAACCCAACGGAGCCCACCCGAAGCCUUUCCUCGAGUCUGGCAUUGCGACCUCGCUCCUCAAAAUGUCCAACUUGACGAUGCUGUCUCCGCAGCCAUCCAAGUCCGACCUCCAACCGUCUACGGGCAAACUGCUUCGCCAACUGUCGAUAUCCAAUUCUGCGACGACAUUGUACCAAAAGCCGCUGGACAUGUCCACGGAUUCUUUGACGCCGACCGGCGAGCCACCUCGACGCGACUCGUCCAAGAUCGACGCACAAGCGCUGUUUCACUUUCGAGUGUUUCUCCUUGGAGACGGCCCGUACAUUUCCGGCGCGGGAAAACACGCGUCGGUGGACUUGACGCCGUUGUUUCCGUCCGGACAGAGCGUCAUGAAACUGAGCGGUGGCAUCGAAUGGGGAGCUGCAUUGAUGAAGAACCAUCACGUGUACACGUGGGGCAACAACACUGGUGGCCAACUCGGUCACGGCAACACUGAAGCCGUCGCGCGGCCAACCUUGGUCGCGGGGCUGCAAUCCAUUCGCAUUGUCAAGUUAUCGUGUGGUAGUGCGCAUGGAGGCUUUGUUUCGGACGUGGGGGCGCUGUUCAUGGUUGGCGAUGCCACCUACGGUCGGCUCGGGUUGGGAGGCAUCCCAGUCAGCGGGGUCGUGACGACACCAACGCAGCUUCACUGGAGCUUUUCAAACUGCAGAGACAAGGCUGUGUCGCUGGGCACUUGGCCGUCGUCGAUUCCGCUGAAACACCUUCCGCCCGAGCCACUGUCACCCACGACAGGAGCGCCAAUCGAGACGUGUUUUAGCGACGUGAGUUGUGGCGAUCGCCACACCCUUGUCCUAGUCAAGCACAUGCACGUGCUGCGGCAAGUGUUGCUCGGGUUUGGGGACGGCAGCAAUGGCCGUCUCGGCGCUGGCACUGAUGUCGACCACCCCACGCCAAACUUGAUCAGUACUUUUCACACCGCCGGUGGAGACACGUUCGUUCCCGUUCGGGAAAUGGUGGCAGGUCCUGAACACAAUUGUUGCAUCAGCCAGACGGGGGAGCUUUUCACGUGGGGCCACGGUUCAUACGGCCAACUCGGACAUACCACCAGCGAUAGCGAAUGGGCGCCGAAACGCGUCGAAUACUUUCACAACAACGCGAACGUGAUCGCCAUCAAACAAGCAACUUGUGGGCUCCAUCACACGGUGGUUCUAGACACAACGGGCCAAGUGUUUGCAUGGGGACGGGGGGAUCUCGGACAACUGGGCUGCGAAACUCUCGCCGACACGUCCACUCCUCGCAACGUUGUGUUUGCUGUGGCAACGGGGGCUCCUUCGAUAACAGCGCGUUAUGUCACUGCCGGCCGCACGCACAACGUCGUCGUGGAUUCCCUCGAUAACAUGUAUUGCUGGGGCGACAAUUCGAAGGGCCAGCUCGGCUUGAAAGUGACCAGUGGGUUGGGGUGCCAGCCCACACCUGUCCAGCUAGAGUCCAAAACAAUCCAGAUGCCGGUCGGGGCGGCGGCCCUUCACCUGCACGCGCUAUCUGUCUCUGCGGCCGAGAACCAUACAAUGUUGGUGCUGCGCACAACCAGCGCAUUCGACGGCGGCGACUCCAGCUUAGUGAAAGCGAAGAAGGCCGUCGGGAUGUUCAAGUCACUCCAUGCAAAACGAAAAUCGCUCGCGGUGCCAACCACCGGCCCUUCCUCCAAGGCAGGGAGCGAACCACAGGCCGUGAAGUGGUCAUUCACCGUGGCCGAGCCCACCGACGCGCUGAAAAUGCCGAGCAACGUCGAUCGAUUUCUCCAAAUCAUGGCAUCGACCAAGAUAACGAAACGACCGACACCGACCGUUGAAAAUGCCAAAACCACAGGAGGUGGGUCUUGUGGGCCGUCUACCCAACUGCACCUCAGCACCAAAGGGGGAUCCCCGCCGAAGCAAUUGCAAUCCACACGACCGGCCAAUCCACCACAAAAACGACAUAAGUUACGACCGACCAAACCUAUCCAAGGGCUGUUGGAAUGGCAACGAGCCCACACAAAGCGCGUCUCGACCACGUUUAGCCACGCGCCUCGAUUUCGAACCAAGCCAGCCGUGGCCCCGACACCUAUCGCCCCCGAUACUCCACCCGAGAAACCGGUGAAACAGGCGACCCCUACAACCAUUCAGCUCGAACAUUCGGCCAAGACGCGGCUUCUUCGUGCAUUUGGCGUCGGACAGAGGUUCCGAACCGUUCAAGUCUCAGUUACCCCCGGACCUGGGGCCUACGAUGUCGUUCCUCCUCGAAAAGCCCCCCCGAAUGACAGCAACCAGUGCGACGAAGGCGACCUUGACGACUGGCGGCCCAAGCCCGUUCCGUUUGGAUCGACAGCGCCCAAGCAAGUACCAGCUGCCACCGUCGACACCACGGAUAUUUACCCGGAAAAGGCCACCGCCUUGGUGUAUCGCAAGCCGAUUGCAGUCAAGUUAGCGCCCGCUGACGAUUUUAGCCGUGUGAUAAGCAAACGAUUGCAGGAAGGUCGAGGCACCACCCCCGGCCCCGGCGCAUACAGUCUCUCGACCACCCCGCCAGUAGCGACAAAGUCGAAGUCGACAAAACCACGAAAAUGAACUCUACCUUGAGGUUACUGACA